CACCAAACCACCAACAACAAUGCAGGCAGCGACACGAAUAACGAUGCGCAUUGCGCCCAGAGUGGCCAAUCGCUCAUGCGCCCUCCGAUAUCUUCACGCAUCCCCCGCUGCCGCCGCCAAUGUCGCCUCCAUUGUCGGCACGGGGCCACCUCCCGAAGCGCCUGUUCCCGACAGAGCCGUCCUCCACGAGCGAGUAGCCCGCCGUAGAAAGCAGGCCGAGAUGCUCAAGACGGCAAAGGAUAUCCGCAGUGCCAAGGAUGGAAGCAAGACAGGCUUCUCCCAGCGCUUCUGGAAAGACGUCUCCGUCAAGGAGGUAGAUGGCGUUUUGCAAGUUUUCCUCGACGCCCGACCGCUUAGACACCCGAGCACGAAAGAAAUCGUCCGAAUUCCGACUUCCAAGCCGACGCUGGCCACCGCUAUUGCGCUGGAGUGGGAUCUGUUGACAUCUUCGCAGCAGGCUACCAAGGAGCACCUGAUUCCGUUGACCAGCUUAGUCUGCCGAGCCAUUGACAUUGCUAAGGAUGAUACCUCGUCCGUUGCCGAGGCAGAUAAGAUCCGCACGCUCGUCACCACCCAAGUCCUACGAUACCUCGAUACCGAUUCGCUCCUGUGCUGGGCGCCCCCAGCCGGCAAGUUUGAUCUUCGCAAUGAUGCUGGCGAAUCCCUGCGCGAUGUUCAGAAGCAGGUCGCUGAAGAAACUAUUGCGUUUCUCACUACCCACACCUGGCCUGGCGUCAAGAUUGUGCCCGUGCUAGACGGCGACUCCAUUAUGCCGCGCGCACAGGAGGCCGGUGUGCGCGAGAUCGUACAGGGCUGGAUCAUGGGCCUUGAUGCCUGGGAGCUGGCUGGUCUUGAGCGCGCCGUGCUUGCAGGCAAGAGUCUUUUGGCUGCGGCUCGCUUCGUUGUGGAUUGGAGCGAGGGCCCUGUUGGCGUUCCCGCUCCCAAGUCUGCCAGAUUUGGCGUCGAGGAAGCCGCUCUUGCUACGAGCUUGGAGGUAGACUGGCAGACUAGCCAGUGGGGAGAGGUUGAUGAUACCCACGAUGUCCACAAGGAGGAUGUCCGUCGCCAGCUUGGCAGUGUUGUUUUGCUGGUGUCUGGUGACGCGAAGCAGGAGAAAUAAGCAAAGUACUGCUUCCAAAAGGGGACCGACAAUGUAUAUGUAUUAAUGUACCAUUAGAAAGGCAAUAUGUAUUUCACAACUAUA